AGUAUAUUAACCAGAUUUUCACAGAGGGAGACAUAUUCCUUUAAUAUUAGGGAUGAUUCUGGCAGAACAGAAAGUGAAAGUUUUCUUUCGGGGGCCAUUUUGUGCCUGCACGUUCAACAGAAAGUUCGCGUAUCAGGGACCAUUUGUAAAAGAUUCAACUGCAUGUAUGAACUCUGCCAGUUGCCUUAGUACACUUAUUCUGAUAAAUUCGCAGCUGGAAAAAAAUCUUAAAUCUUAAGCGAGGAACAUGGAAAAAUCGCUACCGGCAUGCAACCGUGGAUCACCAGCGUCCAGCUGUGUGUCUGUGAAGAGUCAUCAGUCUAUGGAUCCACCGCUAUGUUUUAAUGAUGGAAACACUACAUCUGACUACAGGAACAGUUUAGUCCACUUCAAGAGAACAGGAUCAUCAGCUUCUAGCUGUGUGUCUGCGAAGAGUCAUCAGUCUAUGGAUACACCACAUUUUAAUAAUGGAAACACUACAUCUGACUACAGAUACAGUCCAGCACGCCUCAAGAUAACAAGACCACCAGCUUCAAGCUGUGUGUCUGUGAAGAGUCAUCAGUCUAUGGAUCCUCCGCUACGUUUUAAUGAUGGAAACACUAAAUCUGACUACAUACACAGUUUAAUCCACUUCAAGAGAACAGGAUCAUCAGCUUCUAGCUGUGUGUCUGCAAAGAGUCAUCAGUCUAUGGAUACACCACUACAUUUUAAUAAUGGAAACACUACAUCUGACUACAGAUACAGCCAAGAUAUCCUUAACAUAUUUAGAUCAAAUCUAAAGAAUAAGUUCCGGUGUCUGUAUGAGGGAGCAACGGAACAAGGUAACCCAAGACUCCUGAAUGAGAUCUACACAGAGCUCUACAUCACAGAGAGUGAGAGUGGAGAGAUCAGUAAUGAGCAUGAGGUGAGACAGAUUGAGACACAAUCCAGGAGAUCAACAACAGAGGACACAGCGAUCAAAUGCAGAGACAUCUUUACACCUUUACCUGGACAAGACAAAGCCAUCAGAACUGUGCUGACGAAGGGAGUCGCUGGCAUUGGAAAAACAGUCUCUGUGCAGAAGUUCAUCCUGGACUGGGCUGAAGAGAAGGAGAAUCAGGACGUCCAGCUCAUAUUUCCACUUCCUUUCAGAGAGAUCAAUCUGAUGAAGGACAAAACACUCAGUCUGUCAGAUCUCCUGCAUGUAUUUUUCCCUGAAACAAAAGAUAUUGACAUUUUUAGUGACAAAUAUAAAAUAUUGUUCAUCUUUGAUGGUCUGGACGAGUGUCGUCUUCCUCUAAAUUUCAAAAGCAAUGAGAUUCUACAACAUGAGACCAAAACAUCAUCAGUGGACGUGCUGCUGACGAACCUGAUUGUGGGGAAUCUGCUUCCCUCUGCCCUCAUCUGGAUCACCUCCAGACCAGCAGCAGCAGAUCUCGUCCCCUCUGAGUGUGUCCAUCGAGUGACAGAGGUACGAGGCUUCAAUGACCCUCAGAAGGAGGAAUACUUCAGCAAGAGAAUCAGUGAUCAGAGUCUGGCCAAUACAAUCAUCUCACACCUGAAGUCCUCCAGGAGCCUCUACAUCAUGUGCCACAUCCCAGUGUUCUGCUGGAUCUCAGCCACUGUUCUGGAGAAGAUGUUGAGUGAAGCAGAGACUGCAGAGAUCCCCAAGACUCUCACUCAGAUGUACACACACUUCCUGAUGGCACAGAUCAACACCAAAGACGUGAAGUAUACUGGAAAAAAAGACAAAGACGUGAUCUUCAAACUGGGGAAACUGGCGUAUGAGCAGCUGGAAAGAGGCAAUGUGAUCUUCUAUGAGGAAGACCUGAGAGAGUGUGGCAUUGAUGUGGCAGAAGCUUCAGUUUACUCAGGAUUGUGCACUCAGAUCUUCAGAGAGGAGUUUGGCUUGUAUCAGGGGAAAGUCUUCAGCUUUGUUCAUCUGAGCGUUCAGGAACAUUUAGCAGCUCUAUAUGUGCACCUCUUAUUCACAAACCACAACAGAAAUGUGUUUGAACCAAUUACUAAACAAACUUUGCACUCCAUGAUCAGGAACUGGUUUAAACCCAAGCCAUCAAAACAAGUUUCAAUAUCUGAGCUGCAUCAGAGAGCUGUAGAUGAAGCUCUACAGGGUAAAAAUGGAGAACUGGACCUUUUCCUCCGGUUUCUUCUGGGUUUGUCAGUCGAAAAUAAUCAGAUUCUCCUACAAGGGCUAACAAAACAGACAAGAUGCUGCCCAGACAGCAAGGAAACAGCUGAUUACAUCAAGAAGAAGAUCAGGACCACUCACUCUCCAGAGAAAUUCAUUAAUUUGUUCUACAGUCUGAAUGAACUGGGUGAUCAUUCACUAGUGAAGGAAGUAACGCACUAUCUGAGAUCUGGAACAAUCAAAAAGUCCAGACUCUCUUCUUCCCAUUGGUCAGCUGUAGCUUUUGUGCUUCUGACCUCAGAGGAGGAGCUGAAUGAAUUUGAUUUCAAGACGUUUGUUGAAGGAAACAAUAAAGCUGAAAAUUUGCGCGUUUUUAAGAAACUUGUGCCGGUGAUUAAAGAGGCCAGAUUAGUUCAAUUGAGUGAUUGUGGAAUCACAAGUGAAGGUUGUGCUGCUUUGGCUUCAGCUCUGAGGUCAAACCCCUCACACCUGAGAGAACUCAAUCUGUCUUGGAAUAAACUGGGAGAUUCGGGUGUGAGUCUUCUCUGUGCUGCUUUCAGGAAACCUCUCUGUAAAUUGACGAUAUUGUGGUUGUGGGAUUGUGGAAUCACAAGUGAAGGUUGUGCGGCAUUGGCUUCAGCUCUGAGAUCCAACCCUGAACACCUGAGAGAACUGGUCCUGUCCUGGAAUAAACUAGGAGAUCUGGGUGUAAAGCUUUUCUGUGGUGCUCUUCAAGAUCCUAAUUGUAAGCUGGAGAAACUGUGGUUGAGAGAUUGUGGUGUCACUGCUGAAGGUUGUGUUGCUUUGGCUGCCGCUCUGAAAUCAAACCCUAAUCACCUGAAACAUCUCAGUUUGUCAGAGAAUUGCCUUGGAGGUUCUGAAGUGCUAAUACUUUCAGAUCUGCAGGACAAAUCACCGUAUAUACUAAAGGAGCUAUAUUAUUGACUCUUGGUUUUUAGUUUGCUCUGGGUAUGCUGAUGGCGAAUAAAAAGAGAGAUGUCAGAGAAAUUCAACCAACACACACUGAAGACAUGGCACAGUGAUAACGCUAAUGUAUUGCUUUGUAACUAUGAUCAUGUGGCCUCUUUUUGCUGGUAUUUCUAUCAUAAUACUUGCAUUCCUAUUGAUAUUACUUUCUUAUUAUAAUAAGAGUGGAAUAUAUUUAAAACUCUGUUUAUAUUUAUACAGGUCAUGUACAUUUUAGGCUCAGGAUUAUUGAGGGACUGUCUUUUCUCCUUUAUACCAGCAGAGGGCGACAAAAACCUACCGUUUAUUUUAGCAUCGUUUUGUGCAGUUUAAAAAUAAUUGUGAA